AUGGACACUGUUGGAAGCUUCAAAUCUUCAGAUACAAAAUACAACUUUUCUGAAUUACCUACAAUAAUAUCGCAUAUAUCAGACGUUCACAUAGAUCAUUUUACGCCAGAACGUGCUAUUAAUUUCGAAAAAUCGCUAAAUCUAUCAAAGAAACUUGGAGCAACAAGCGUUGUCUUCACAGGUGAUAUUACAACGAAUUUUGGCCAUUUAGAAAGUAGUGUUUUAGCAUUUGGAAAUCAAUUUCUACCUGAUUUUGAAGAUUAUGAAAAAAUCAUCAAAAACUUUGACUUUGGUGAUAUGAAAAUGGUAGAUAUAUCAGGUAAUCAUGAUCAAUAUGGCGUUUACAGCUAUAAAAAUUCGAAUCACUAUUUCAUUAAUCAUUCUUACUAUUUUAAUCUUACAAAUACACCUGAACUCCAGAACUUUUGGGCAGGAACAUUUGUAAUGAAUGGAAUCACAUACGUCUAUGCCAAUCCUUACGAAUAUCCAAUGGCUCAUGCAAAACUUGGUUUUUGGAUUAAUGCUGGCAAGAAACUUCUCGAUGCCAUUGAAGCGGAAAUCAAGAAACCAUUUAAUACUACGCACAGAAUCUUCAUUACUCAUUUUCCAGUCCACCUUUGGAGUGAUCGUUAUAAAUCAUCAUCGAAAAAGUCAUUCCGGCAACUUAUUACUGAAGGCAAUUUCUCUCUAGUUUUAACUGGCCACCUCCAUCCUUCGAAACCAACAAUUAAACACCAUCAUUCUACACUUGAAAUCGUUGCUCCCGAUUUAAUGUCCCAUAAAUGUUUUGGCCUCAUAGUCAACGAUAAUAAUUUACUGACAUAUCAUAACAUUGACCUUGAAAAUCCUCCGAAAACUUUGAUUAUUUCUCCUCCUCCAAAGGAUCAGCUCCAUAAGAACUCGAAUUACAUACAGAGGACAAAAGUCCGUCUUUUGGCCUUUACAAAUGAUGAACUUAACAUUCAAACAAAUUUCCAAGAUCGAUUGAUAAGAGGUCCUCAAGUUACUGAUGGUAUUUGGCUUUACGAGAGCCAGUACGAAGUUCCUGAUUCAGAAGAUUCCUAUCUUGAACUCUCUGGAGACGUAAAUGAUUCAGUUUUCUAUUUCCUUAGCGAUGACCAAGAUGUAAAAAUAGGAAAUGAGAAGAUUUAUGGAUAUCCAAACCUGAUAUCAACCGGAAUUGCUCUUCUUUUCCUUGGAUUAAUUGCAAAUAUUAUUUUCUUACUUCCAAUCCCUAUUUCAAUCUCUACAAAGCUCUACGAAGAGUAUAUAUGUGGCCAUAAUGGUUCUAUUUCAUUCUCCGCUGUUGUUCUCAACACAAUUUUUGGAAUUAUUCCUUUAAUGUACAGAUUAAGAAGGAUUCCCUUAAAAAUCAAGUUAUAUCUGGCAUUCCUAAUAGUCUGCCCUGCUUUCCUUCCACUUUUCUUCAUGUCUGUCGGUGGACAUUUCGGAGCCGUCUUCUGUUGGGGUUAUGUUGUAUCUGGUGUUUACCACUUUGAUAUAUACGGUGCAAUAUUCAUCGCCGUUUAUUACGCAGUCAUUUUGACUUUAAUUUCGAUGGCAGCUGGCGAAUUAAUCAUCAGAGGAAUACUUUUCAGAAUUAUUGCAACUAUUUACAUUCUUGUCUCCAUCGGAGUUGGCUUGUUUAUGGCUUUUAACCUCGGAAUUUUAACUGCUGGUUUGGCUGGAGCUUUAACAUCACCAAUCUUCGUAUUUGUCCCAAUAAUAUCAUUGAUUAUUCUAUCCUUUGUCUCUUACGAAAGAAGCUAUGAUCUCUAUCUGUAA